GAGGCUGAGACAGGCGGAGCUGAGGUGUGAGGACCGGGGACUGACCGGUGAGACUCGGUGUGAGGACCGGGGACUGUCCGGUGAGACUCGGUGUGAGGACCGGGGACUGACCGGUGAGACUCGGUGUGAGGACCUGGGACUGACCGGUGAGACUCGGUGUGAGGACCGGGGACUGACCGGUGAGACUCGGUGUGAGGACCGGGACAUGUGGACAGGAGAUGGGGGAAGAAACAAGAGUUUCUCCGCUGAAGAACUUCGUGGCCGGAGGAGUCGGUGGAGCGUGUCUGCUGCUGGCAGGUCACCCGCUGGACACCAUCAAGGUGAGGCUACAAACACAGCCCAAAGCCUCCUGCACUCAGUAUGUCCUCUACACAGGAACAUAUGACUGCUUCCGCAAGACUGUGUCCAAAGAGGGUAUCCUCGGCCUCUACAGAGGAAUGGGGGCUCCGCUGGCGGGCGUGGCUCCGAUGAUGGCCAUCAGUUUCUUCGGCUUCGGUCUGGGGAAACAGCUCCAGCAGACGGAUCCUGGCCAACCUCUAACGCCCUCUCAGAUCUUCCUGGCUGGAUGUCUGGCAGGCGUCUUCACCACAGUGAUCGUGGCUCCAGGAGAGAGGAUCAAAUGUUUGCUGCAGGUGCAGGCGAGCAGCGGUCAGGCGCGGUACGCGGGUCCGGUGGACUGUGCGCUGCGGCUCUACCGGGAGCAGGGGGUCCGCGGCGUCUACAAGGGGACGCUGCUCACUCUGAUCAGAGACGUGCCUUCGAAUGGUCUCUACUUCCUCACGUAUCAGUACCUCAAACACUUCCUGACACCUGAGGGUCAAAGUGUGUCUCAGCUGAGCACUCCCAGAAUCCUCCUGGCCGGGGGCGUCGCCGGAAUAUUAAACUGGACGAUCGCUCUCCCCCCCGACGUCCUCAAGUCCAACUUCCAGACAGCUGCAGAGGGGAAGUACAGAGGUCUGGUGGACGUCCUCAGAACGCUGCUGCGUGAAGAAGGCGCUCGGGCGCUCUAUAAAGGAUUCAACCCUGUCUUCCUCCGAGCUUUCCCGGCCAACGCGGCCUGUUUCUUGGGCUUCGAAGUGGCUCUGAAGGGAUUAAACGUGAUCGCUCCCAGUUGGUGAAGUGAACCAGUUCAUGGUGAAGAGGCACCGACUGGUCCGGCUUCUCUCCGGACUCACUUCUGCUUCUCUGUGCAUUUUCACCAGGUGAAAUGUGAAGAAUCUUUGUAUUCCUAAAUGUAUUUUUACAUUUAAUUUUACAAAUUAAUUUCCUAAAUGAUGAUUUAAUACUUGAAGUGUCAGCCCUGAGCGUUCAUCACUUUUAAAACUAUUC